AUGGUCCAAACUGACGCUUCCUCUGCAGAGGAAACUGGUGUGAUAAUAUGCGGCGGAGGCCCAACAGGCGUGGUCUUGUCCGUCCUGCUUGGGCUGAUGAAAGUGCCAAAUGUUGUACUGGAGAGAGAUAAAGACGUCACCACUGAUCCACGAGGUAUUGCUUUGGAUGAGGAUGGCAUCCGUAUCCUUCAGUCGAUCGGGCUUUAUGACCGGAUAUAUACAGAUAUUGGUUCCUGCAUGGAAGUGUUCAACUUCAUCACUGGCAGUGAACCAGAUCUGACGAGGAAACCUUUGGUCAGGAUGGUGCACAGGACCACGGAGGGAGGGACCGGCCAUGUUGGCUUCAUUUGCCACAAGCAGCCAGCCAUGGAAAAAGCCAUUCGGGACCAGAUCAAGAAAAUCCCAUAUUCGGAAAUCCGGACAGAGUCCACCGUGAUAGGCGUAAGCGAAAAGGGAGAUACCGUCCAGGUCGAGUAUCUGGAUGCAAAGGGUCAACAUCACACAUUGAAAGCCUCGUUCCUUGUUGGAGCGGACGGCAAGACAGGCUAUGUCCGCAAGAAGUACCUUGAGCCAAGAGGGAUCGUCAUGGAAAGGUGUGAACAGUCGAUGUAUGAAGAGACAUGGGUGGCUUUGAAUUGGAAGAUUUCCCUGCCGACCGAGAAGACUCACCCGGACUUUCCCCUGUGGCGAUUAGGGUACACUCCAGAACAAGUCUACGACCUGUUCUUCCCCAAAGAAUUUCGAUUCUUGUGCAACCCUGGCCGCCCUUCGGUCUGCGGGAGGUUUGGUCUGCCAGAAGAUCGGCUGUGGCGGUUCGAGUUCGUCGUCCAAAAGGGCGAGGAUGGUCAUAAGAUGGCCAGCCCCGACGAGACGGCCAAAAUCAUCUAUCCUUACCUCACCCACCCUGGAAGUCGAUACGGUCUGGCCCAUUCCGUCAGAUUUCCUGCGGACUGUAUCACGACCUUGCGGUCCCGGCCAUUCUCUUUCGUGGCAAGAAGCUGCAACAAGUGGGCAUUGGGCAGGGUCAUCCUCGCAGGUGAUGCCGCUCAUGUUUUCCCGCCUUUUGGUGGUCAGGGUAUUGCUUCGGGAUUUCGAGAUGCGUCAGCAUUGGCAUGGAGACUGGCUCUGCUCCAGCGCAAUCGGACCGCGGAUCAUGAGAAAAUCCUGACAGCCUGGUACACAGAGCGCAAGCAGCAGCUCGAGAGAUCUCUGGCCGCCACGAUUCGAAAUGGCGAAUAUGUCACCGAGUCUGACCCUGUGAAAGUGUUCAUCCGUGAAUGGUACAUGUGGGCGAUCCAGCUGAUUCCCAGCGUGAGGAAACAGGUCGAGCUGGGGCCCCGAGCAGCCGGGAUGACGAGGUACCGGCAUAGCCCAGGUCUUCCAUUCCUUGAGGAAAUGAGGGGUGGCUUGCUCAUACCGCAGGUGUAUGCGUACAACUUCAAGACCAACGGAAUCUGUUUCACCGACGACCUCAUAUUCUCCCCGGCAAAGACUGGACUCUUCCAACUUUUGGUGUUGCCAGAUAGCCCCAGCGAGGUUGAUGCUCUGCUUGACCAUCUUCAGGACAUUGACAAGCUCUCCAAUGACCUACUGCGAUCCAGAGAGGCCACGGUAUUGAUCCAGUCAGUCGGUUGUGCUUUCGAACCCUCAACCGUACCGCCGCAGGACCUCGCUCGAAUAGCCACGGGCGACGAAUUUGCUGCCGACGCCGUCCUGUGUAAGAAUCGACCGCCUCCAAUCGGCUAUGACGAACGACGACUGAAGAAAGAGGUGGGCGGUAAGAAGUAUGUGAUUCUGCGACCAGAUCGCUUUGUGUUUGCGGCUGGUGAUACCCUGGACGAACUGAGGGAGGCUGCCAGUAAGCUUGCGAGCGUGGUUCUGGGGUCCUAG